GACCCCGAGGGCAGCGCGGCGGGGGGCGGGGGCCGGGCCGGGCCAUGGCUGCGCUGCUCAGCACCUACCGCUGGCCCGAGCGGCUGGAGGGGGCCGAGGGGCUGCCGCCGGGGCCGCCCCCGCGCUGCCCGCCCGCAGAGAAGGGCUCCGAGAGCCGCAUCCGCCGGCCCAUGAACGCCUUCAUGGUGUGGGCGAAGGACGAGAGGAAGCGGCUGGCCGUGCAGAACCCCGACCUGCACAACGCGGAGCUCAGCAAGAUGCUCGGCAAGUCCUGGAAGGCUCUGAGCCUCUCGCAGAAGCGUCCCUACGUGGAGGAGGCUGAGCGGCUGCGGGUGAAGCACAUGCAAGAUUACCCAAACUACAAAUACCGGCCCCGGCGGAAGAAGCAGGUCAAACGGAUCUGCAAGCGGGUGGACCCCGGGUUUUUGCUGGGCAGCCUGACACGGGACCAAAACGUGGUGCCAGAGAAGCGGACCUGCAGCCAGGCCGGAGGGGAGAAAGAGGGGGCCGGGUGAGUACCCGCCUUGCCCGGGCUGCCAGCCGUCCGGGGGUACCGGGAGGCCCCGGGCAGUGGCAGCAGCACCAGCAUGGACACCUACCCCUACGGGCUGCCCACUCCCCCGGAGAUGUCUCCACUGGACGCCAUAGAUCCCGAGCAGAGCUUCUUCUCCUCACCCUGCCCCGAGGAGCAUCACCGCUCCCACCUUGCCGGUGCCACCUACUCCCCGGAGUACGCGGGCAGCUCCCUCCCAUGCAGCCACCACCCUCUCAGCCCCAUGCCACAGCCGGCCACCUGCAUGAUCCCCCCAGCCUCCAGUUGCCCUCCCCUUCCUCCUCCUCCUCCUCCCAGCUACUACACACCCGCCUUCCCGUCCCUGCACCCCCCUAGCCUCCAUGCCCACCUGGGCCAGCUUUCCCCGCCACCUGACCACCACAGCUUUGACACCUUGGACCAGCUGAGCCAAGCCGAGCUCCUGGGGGAGAUGGACCGCAAUGAGUUUGACCAGUAUCUCAACAACCCCGGCCAUGGUGACCCCCAUGGCGGGGUCUUGGUCAACGGACACGUCCCGGCAUCUGGCAGCUCCCACGCCUCUGAGACCAGCCUCAUCUCCGUCCUCGCCGAUGCCACCGCCACCUACUACAAUAACUACAGCGUCUCCUAGAAGCCCAGCCAGGGCCGCCUGGACCGGCCGAGGAAGGACCCGACACAGUAUUAAGAGGCGUUGCUCCCCAAGGACAUCGCUCACUGCCCCUCAGGGUGACCAAGUCCACACCGCAAGGGCCAUGGAGUCUCCUCGGAGGUGUAGGUAAAGGAUUUCGGUCGUCAGCUCACCACCGGUGCAAAGCCUUGGGUGCCCUGCUCCAAAUGGAGCCGGGGGGCAUUUCCCAAUGGCAAAGCCCUUUGGCCAAGUCCCUCUUCCAAAGAAUAGAUGCUCCUGGGAGUGUGGGAAGGCUGCCCCCCCAUUUUGGGGCACCUCCAGCUCUGCUUUGGAGUCAGCAGGUUGGCAGCACCCCGCAGACGGCAGGACUGAAGUCCCAGCAGGGGCAAAAGCCCCUGGCAGGGGAAAAGGCAGGGAUGGGAGGAAAAGGAAAUAUUUUGGUAAAAGGGCAUGCAGUCUGCAAGCUGCUCUCGGCUCCCACUGUCAGCCUUGCUGCAGCCGCCCCGACCUGCCCGACCACACCGGUGGGGGUUAAACCCCACUCCCACCCUGUCCCCCUGCCCCCGGACCAGGACUUGGGGGCUUCAUCCCUCAGGAGAUCCCAGAGGGGAUGGGACACCAGGGAUGCUGCGGGGGGAUGCUGCAGGGGGGAAGCCAGCCCCGAGGGCUUUCAGCCUGUGCCAUUCUGGAGGAAAGAUCAGGGCUUGGAAAGGCAGGAUACGGCCAGCAUCCACCCCCCAUGGCUUCCCCUUGGCCUCCCAGCAAAAGCGCUUCGAAAGCGGGGAUGGGGUGAGCUGCCCCCCCCAGCAGGCUGGGAACAGGUCCUGGGAUGAGUGUUUGAGUGAAGAGGUGAUGAAGUAGCAGACACAUUUUUUUUCUAAUCAAACAUCCUUUGAAGGCGAAUGCUUCGCAUUUUGAGCCGCAGUGCCCAAUGCCUCUUGUAGCUCCGGCGUAUUAUUGCUUGUAAUAAAGCUGUACAUUGAUUUAUUCCUUCCAUUAUUCCUCCCCUUGGAUUUUGUAUUGCUCGAGUUCUCUUCCUUUUCAUAAAGAUGAAGCUUUAUUUUAAAUCAGUUAUAUGACAUGAUUAAUCUUAGUGUUUACUGUAUGGCACUUGGUAAUGAUUAGUUAGUAGCGUGGCUAUGAUCUUCUGGUUUCAGUCCCAAACAUGUAUUAAUAAUAAUUGCCAAUAAUACUUCAAAACCCCCACCACUUCACAGGUUUUUAAGCUAAUACAUUCCAUCUUUUUUGUGUGACUCUAUGCAUUUUGAAUGAGUGUAGAUAUGAGUUUGCAUAAAAUAUUUAAUUUAAAUAAAUAUGUUUUUAUACAAUGA